UUUUAUUUAUGCUUUAAAAUCGAAUAUUGAGAAUCAUACAAAAAACUCCAAGAUUUUUCUUUGGAAACAAAAAGCCACCAAAAGGAUUUGAAAAUUUUGAGAGGCCGAGAGUGGAAGAGGAAUAAGGAAGAAAUAGUUUAUAGAAGGAAUAGAAAGAAGAUUAAUAAUAAUAGGAUUAGGAUUAAUAGGAAUAAUAAACAUCUUAAAAAAGCAAUAAAGAUUUUAGUUAAUAAUAAAAAUGGAAAAGACAAUAAUAAUAAUAGAAUUAACCUGAAGAUUAAGAUAAUUAAAGCAGAUUGCUUUUUACAAUAUCAGGUGCAUUAAUGGGAUAUUAUUUAAUUGAUUAUAUAAUUCCAGGUAGAGAGAGUCAAAUAAACAUUAUAUAAUUUGUAAAUUAGAUAUAUGCAAUAACAAAAUCAAUAGAAAUAAGGCCAUCAGCAGAUUCUGAUGCAAUAUAUGCUCAUAUAGUAUCUGAUAAAGGAAGAUACAAAUUAAAAUUAGGAAAUCCUGAUACAUUUUUAGAGAAUUUAGAAUAUUUGUAAUUAAAAGCAAAUGUAGAGCCAUAAAAUAUGAUAAAAGUAUCAUUUAGAGAGAAUUAAAAUUCAUAAUUAUUGGAUAGAGUAUUGGAUGUGAUUCCUCUUGGAUUUGCAAUAUUAAUAUCAUUGAAUUUUAUAAAAAUAUUGAGAUUAUUUCGUGAAAAAGGUACAGGAGGUAUGAUGGGAAUGUUUAAAUCAAAUCAUAAAUAAUUUUAGAUGGAAUAGAAUGUAAAGGUUAAAUUUUAAGAUGUAGCGGGAUUAGAUGAAGUGAAAGUAGAGAUAAAAGAAUUUGUAGAUUUUUUAACAAAUAGUAAUAAGUUUAAAUAAUUGGGUGCAAAGAUUCCAAGAGGUGCAUUAUUAACAGGUCCUCCAGGAACAGGUAAAACAAUGUUAGCAAAAGCAUGUGCAGGUGAAGCUGGUGUACCAUUUUUUUAUGUAAGUGGUUCAGAAUUUGUAGAAAUGUUUGUAGGUUUAGGUGCAAGUAGAGUUAGAGAUCUAUUUGAAUAAGCAAAAUAAAAAAGUCCAUCAAUUAUAUUUAUAGAUGAAAUAGAUGCUAUAGGUAAAAAAAGAUAAGCUAGAUUGGGUAAUGAUGAAUCUGAAAAUACUCUUAAUUAAUUACUAGUUGAAAUGGAUGGAUUUGCUACUGAUCAUAAUGUUAUUGUUUUAGCUGCUACUAAUAUGGCUGAUUAAUUAGAUUCUGCAUUAACAAGACCUGGAAGAUUAGAUAGAUUCAUAGAAGUUACAUUACCUGAUUUAAAUGGUAGAAAAUAAAUAUUUAUGGUUCAUCUUAAACCAUUAAAUUUAGAUCCAUCUAAAACUUAAGAAGAAUAUGCUAAUAGAUUAGCUACAUUAACACCAGGAUUUAGUGGAGCUGAAAUUGCUAAUCUAUGUAAUGAAGCAGCAAUCUUAGCAGCUAGAUAAUCUAAAUCUCAUGUAGAUUCUCACGAUUUUGAAAUGGCUGCUGAAAGAGUUAUGGCAGGUAUUGAAAAAAAAAGAAUUAUUUCUGAAGAAGAAAGAAAAGUUGUUGCUUAUCAUGAAAGUGGACAUGCAGCUGUUAGUUGGUUUCUAGAAGGAGGAGAUCCAUUAUUAAAAGUAAUUUUAUAUAUUAUAAUUUAAUUAGUUAACUAUUAUACCACGUUCUAAAGGUUCACUUGGUUAUGCUUAAUAUUUACCUAAUGAAAGUUCAUUAUUCACUAAAUAAGAAUUACUUGAUAAAAUCUGUUGUAUCUUAGGAGGAAGAUCGAGUGAAAAACACUUUUUCUAAAGAGUCACUACUGGAGCUUAUGACGAUCUUUAAAAGGUUAAAAAUCUUGCCUAUAAUAUUGUAACGAAAUAUGGAAUGAGUGACAAAAUUGGUAAUCAAGGUUUUAGAGAUGAAAAUGUUAACUCUUUUAGUGAUGAAACUAGUAAAAUUAUUGAUGAUGAAGUCAGAGAAAUUAUUGCAUAAUGUACUUAAAGAACUGAAUUAAUCAUUCAAAAAUAUCAUCAACAAAUUUAAUAAUUGUCAGAAUAAUUAUUAGUGAAAGAAACUCUUGAUCUAAAUGAUCUUAUUACUAUUUUAGGGGAAAGACCAUUUCCACCAAAAUCCAAUUUUAAAGAAUACUUGGAUACUAAAAAAAGAGAAAAAGUUGCUGCUUGAC